GAUCCUCUGAUGUGAGUGGAGAUUCAUUGCCAUUGAACUCUUUGGUCUCUUUCAUUGUUUCCACUUCAAUGAAUUUGAGUUUCUCAAUACCGGGAAUUAUUGAUAAUUCGACUGAAGAUAAUAAUAGUGAUUCUCAGGAUAAUGGUAUAUAUAAAGCGUAUGAAAUGGAUUGUGAUAAUACUGUUUUUUUAAAUAAUCCUUAUUAUAAUUGUUAA